AUGGCGGAUUUGUGCUGCACGAUCGCCCAGAAGGAGAUUGAGGUGAACGAGCUGCACGACCAUCUUACCAAUCUCCAGCAGACGACGUACGAUGGCGCCCUCCUGUGGAAGAUCUCCGACUUCAUGAAGAAAUGUCAGGACGCCAGCGCUGGGAGAACCAUCAGCCUCUACUCCCCAGCGUUCUACACGGCACGGUACGGCUACAAAGUGUGUCUGCGCAUUUACCUGAACGGAGACGGCGCCGGGAAGGGAACGCACAUCUCCCUGUUCUUCGCCAUUAUGAGAGGCGAAUACGACGUCCUGCUGUCCUGGCCCUUCAGACACAAGGUGACCUUCAUGCUGCUGGACCAGAGUAACCGUGAACAUGUGAUUGACGCGUUCCGUCCCGACCACGCGUCCGUCUCCUUCCACCGUCCUGUCAGUGAUAUGAAUGUCGCCAGUGGCUGCCCGCUCUUCUGCCCCCUGUCCAAGCUGCAGGCCGUCCGCAACAACUACGUGAAGGACGACACCAUAUUCAUCCGCUGCAUCAUAGACACCAACUCCUAACCGCCGCCGAACCGCCACCAGCCCUUCCCCCAUCGCUACUCCGCACCGUGUCUACAGUGUUACUUAUUGUGACUGUUUAAAAAUGACGCCAAAUAACAACCUGACCGCCAGUAGGGGCGAAUUACAAAGGUGCACAACAAUGGCGCAGCCACGGCCGUCCCCAACCACUACCGGAUCUGUUGUCCUCUUAGUCAUGUGAUCAUCCUGACGGUAUUAGGACCGGAUCGGGUGUCACCAUCUGUGAUGUCAUAACUUAAUAUAUUAAUAUAACAGACGGAGG